ACGCCAAAAACCCAUCAGCAACCGAUUUGAUUCGAUUCCUUUCCCCAGCGCCAGAAAUCCGAUUUCAAACUUUCUAAUUUUGUUUAAUCUUUUGUGGGGUUUCAAUCUGAUUAUUAUAUAAUCAAAAGUGGUGUUGUGUGCAUACACAAGCAACAAUCUUGUCAGAUUGGGGUUCUUCUUUGUUGUGAAUCAGAUCAAAAGAUUAUUCCUUCAGAAGAAUUUGUUCAUGGAUUUGGAACAAAUCCCAUCAUUGUAAUGGUGCUAAGCGUACAUAAUUCGAAAAUGGAGGAUAGAAUCGUAUCGAAAUUCGAAGAUGACGAAGAUGAGUUUCGAAGUUGUUGUUCAGAUGAGGAGGAAUUGGAAGAAAUUGUGAAAUUAGGGUUGAAGAAUGGUGAAAACGAACUUGAUGAACUUUCAGUUCGAAUGUUCUUCAAGGGUGUAUCCAUUUCUGAGGCUGGAAAUAAUGGUGUAGGGUUUUCUGGAAUUGGGGUGAUCAUGGAAGAUUCUAAGAAGGUUCCUAUGAUUCAGGUUCAGAAAAAACUUGAAUUUUUUGUGGCUGAAGAAGUUGCUGAUUAUUUAGCAUUAAUGGAUGGUUUAUUUGAAGCAAUUCAAAAUAACAUCAAAAGGGUAUAUGCAUUUACCAAUUCCCAGAUCUUAUGUGAUCAGGUUACAAAUGAUGAAAUGCCCGAAAACCCACUUCUCAUGGCAUUGAAGCAACGAAUACUAGAACAUGUUGAAAAUUUCGAACAUUUUGUUCUAAAAUGUGUUCUCGAUGUCAAUCUGGAGCGUCCGUUGCAGCUGGCACAAGUGGCAAUUGGGAUCGUUCAUGAUGCCAAGGGCGAUCAAACGGUCGAAAAUUGUUCAAUCUGUCGUGAAGAUAAACUAACACCCAUGAUGAUGACACUGAAAUGUUUGCACAAAUUUUGUUCUCAUUGCAUCAAGGCGUAUGUUGACGAAAAAGUUAGGUCAUCUGAGGUUCCCAUUAGGUGCCCGAGCCUAAAGUGUAGAUAUUACAUUUCUAUCCCUGAAUAUAAGUCUUUUCUUACGGUGUCCUCUUUCACAUUGUUGGAGGAAGCUCUUUUGGAACCAAAUGCCUCUAAAGCCGACAAAUUUUACUGCCCUUAUCGUGAUUGUUUAGUUCUUCUCGAUCCUCAUUUAAAUGGAGAUUUGGCAAGUAAUUGUGUCGAUUGCCCUGUUUGUAGAAGAUCGAUAUGUGUGAAGUGUGGGGUUUCUUGGCAUUCUUCGAUGAGUUGUGAUGAGUUUCAGGAGAUUUCGCUAAAGGAAAUGGAUGCGGAUAGUGAUAUUGAUUUUGAUUGUGUUGCGGAGAAUAGAAGAUUGAGGCGAUGCCAGAUGUGUGAAAGGAUGAUCGAAUUAACUCAUGGUUGCUACCAUACAACUUGCUGGUGUGGACACGAGUUCUGUUAUUCGUGUGGUGCUGAAUACAUGGAUGGUCGACAGACAUGUGAAUGUACGGUGUGGGAUGACGAUGAAGAAGAAGAAGAAGAAGAAGAAGAAGAAGAAGAUGACGAACUUACCCUUACCCCAACCACUACGUCCGACCCUGCACAACAGUUCGAAGAAUGGGCAUGGGAGUCUUUUGGUUCACUUUCAAACAUGACAGAUGCUUACUCUGAUCAAGAAAGAUCACAACUUGCAUUAAUUCAACGAUUUCUUGCUGGUGGUUUCAGCCUCAGCGACCACAACACGAACACCUAUGAAUCACCACUGCCAGCACCAUUGCCACCAUGCUCGUGUGCAGAAGAUGACAACUCUUCGUAUCUAGACAACACCAUUAAAGACCUUCAUCAGCUACCGUGGCUCGAGAGGUUUGUGUCAGUUAUUAGCGAUGAUUACUAUGAUGAAUACACUCAGUAAAGCCGUUUUCGUGCAUUUGACUUCAUUGAGAAAAAGUCAGAGUGAUCGGAGAUGUUGAAGCUUGCGGUUUUCUCUCCAUACUCGAAUUUAUAAUGUAAAUUUCCUAGUUGAUGUUUCUUCUGAAUAAAAAUCACAAAUUACUCCU